AAAUAAAUUUUUUUUUUUCAUUUGUUAUAGAUUCAGAAGAUUCACGUAGUAGGGAACAUCCAACAUUAUCAGUUAAAAAUUUGGAAACUCUACAAUUUCCCAUGUUUGUUAGUACCGGUAUUAUUGAUUAUGCAACUCCUUCAACGUCCACAGAAGAUUUAUCACUUUUUACCGAAAGUCAUAUAUUUGUAAGGGCAAAUAAAAUUGAAAAUUGUUUCCCAUUAUCGUGGCCGGAAGAUAUUCAGGUAGUCAUCAAUGAAGGUGUAAAACCUGACGAUAAAAUGAGAAAUGAAAUUAUAAGAAAAAUUGUCAGACGCAUGGAAGACAAUGGUUUAAUGCAAGAUGCUGAUUAUUGUGAUGUUGCUCAAAGAGCUCUUCAAAAAUUUCCUAUUUUAGAAUUGAGAACUGCCGCUGGAGUUGAAACGUUAGUCAGUCAAAUGAAAAGAUGCUCUAAAAAUCAUGUUCAUUAUUUAAAAUUGCAAAGAAGAAAAAUGUCUGCAGAAGAUACACCAGCCAAAUGUCAUGAAAAAAUUAUUAAAAUGAUGCAUCAAGAAAUGGCAAAACAAUCACCAUCGAUAAAUAUUCUCAAAAAUCUUCUUAUUCGUUGUAGAAAAAAAAGACAAGAGGAUGCUAAACGUGCAUCGUCUGUGGAAAUGCAUUUGCGAGAUUAUCCAGCUCUUAAAUUUCAACAAUUGGUUCUUAAUGAAUUUGAAGCAAUAGUGGGCUUAUCACUGCCAGAGCUUAGAGAUCGAUGGUCUAUUGCUGUACCAAAAUUGGUGAACUAUUUUGCUCCAAACGAUAAUACUUGGCUGAAUAAAACAAUAAGUCAAUUAUCUGUUCAAGCAUUGCAAUUAAUUUCUACUCACUUCAAGGCUAGAUUUGGACAAGAAAAUAGAAGUAGACACAUCAUAGAAAUAUUUGAGGACGGAACAUCUUUUGAUGUAGCACUUCCAAGAAUUCAAGAUCCACCACGUUUAAUUGCCAUUGGAGCUGAAGAUUCAACAUCAUUGUUGGUUUCAAUUUAUAUUGAUGGAAAAAUUGAAUUCACCGGAACACCAAUAGACGGCCUGCUAUAUUUACAGGCAGUUUAUUGGGUUUUUAAUCUUUCUUAUGCAUCUGAGGCAAAAGUUGCUUUUACAUUUUUAGGAGCUGUUCUACUUCAAAAAAGAUAUGAAAAAUCUUAUAGAAAAUUAAAAAGAGUUCUCAAUGCUCUUGAAAAUUUGAAUUUAUUUUAAAUUUUAAUUUAAUCAAUUUUCUUAUAAGGAAUCAUAGUUUAAGAAUUUUAGAAAUAAACUCCAUGUUUUACUAUUUAUUAUUCGUAUAAUAAUAUUAAUAUUUUUUCAUUCAAUAUAGACACAUCUAUACUAACAGUGAUGACACGUAACAUUUAAUAUAUUGAAGUAACCAAUAUAAAUUAUUAUUAAUUAUCUCAUUUUGUAAUGAACAAGAAUAUCUAAUUACAUAUUUCAGAAAUAUGUAUAAAGAAACAAAAUUUUAUUGGAAAAAUUGAAAUAAAAAAAAAAAAAUUAAUUUUCGUUUUAACUUAAUGAGAUAAUUGAGAAACGAAUUAAUUUUUCAUGUGAUUAAACUGUUUGUACGAAAUAAAUGCAAAUAAA